AUGCGCCGCCCGGCGCCCUUCUCAUUCUCGUGCGCGCUCGUUCUCGCACAGACAUGCCUCCUGGCGACAGGGGAAUUCGACGCCAGCCUCGAUCCGACGACCGAGCUCCUGCAGGCGCCGGGUCCGGCGCUUCUCAUCGGCAUCGCCGCUCCGAAGAUCGAUCCCGCGACGCUGCAGCUGGAGCAGGAUCUGCUACACCUCGGAGGAGCCGCAGUCAGCAAGGGCGUGGUGAGGCGCUCUCCGAAGGCGAACGCGCUGACCCAUGGCAGCCUGGCAGCUCUGAGCACCGUGCUGACCCCUGGCAGCCUCGACCCCGCGGCGACGGGCUCCCACAGCCCUGGGCGGGACGAUGACGCCUGCAGCACGGACCGCGCUGACGACGACGACCACGUCACCAAGGCAGACCAUCGCCACGCUCUCAAGGAGUUGGCGUCGAGGAUGGGCUCCAGGAUCUCCGCCAUGGCGGACGCGCAUAAAGACGCGGCGAACAACACCGCCACCAGAUUCAAGAAGAUCGCGGCUGACGUCGCCAGCCUGGGUUCAGAGAUCGCCCAGGAGUGCCAGAAUCUCUUCGGUCGGCGCAUCGACACCCUGGAGAAGCGCAUGGACGACGUUGACAUCACCAACGCGAGACUUGCAGCCAGGCUGGACACCCUCGAGAAGGAGCUUGGGCUCAUGCGCGGCGGCGACCCCGGCCCCGCUCCAGUCGGCCCGGCCUGGAACCGCCCCAAGGACACCACCAUCCUGCGCGUCGUCGCCCGCGGCCCGGUGGCGAAAGACCAGGCCAGCGCAUCCCUCACCGACUGGCUCGACGCAGCCAACAUCAAACCGGACCGAGUGGAGCUCAUCGGCGACGACCUCGGCAAAAGCUUCACCCUCCAAUUCAAGGGUACACGCGAGUGGGCCACCAAACAGGUCACACUCGCCCGGUCCGCCCUUCGGCGUGCUGACGGUUCUUGGCGGUCAUUUUCCUGCCCCGCCCCCAGCGGCGACCUCAUCAAUCUCGCGGUCGAUGAGGAUAAGAACCAGCAUGACCGCACCCUCGAAUUCAAGCUCCGGAAAGCAAGGCGGGCGCUCACGGCCGCCACCGGGAAACGCUUUUUCGCGGACAAGCAAUCGGGUACCAUCACCCAUGACUGGACCCCCGUGGUCAAGAUCGGCGUCGGGCCCGACGGCAACACGCCCUGGAGUGGUGUCUUUGACGCAUUCGCGCCGCACCACGUCUUCAAGAUAGCCACGUGGAACAGCAGGGCUCUGACCACCCUGGACAACAAGAUCAGUGACCCGAAGAUCCACGCUCUCGGCAAUGCUUUGAAGGCGAACGGCAUCGUCCUCCUCCAGGAGGUCCGUGGCAACGACACCGUCCUCCGUGAGAUCCUCCACCGGGUGCACUUCCAAGGAUACACGUUUUCCUCCUACUUGCCCGAAGGUGUCGUUGGCGGUGGCGUCGUGAUCCUCGUCAACCAGAUCGCAGGCCGGGCCGCCCCCACAGUGGUGUCCCACAACGCUCCCGUACAUGGCCGCAUCCAGCGGCUCCACCUUCGCCUACCGCGGCCUGCUUGCGGCGACGGCGGUGACCAGGCCGAUGCUGACCAUGAGCCGCCACGUGCACCGGAUGUCGGUGACCUACCUGACGCUGGCGAGUCACCUUCAAGGUCACCGGCCGCGCGCGCCCCCACCGGGGGCGUGCGCAACCGCAAAGGAGACCAGGCCGAUGCUGACCAUGAACCGCCACGCGCACCGGACGUGGGUGACCUACCUGACUCCGGCGAGACACCUUCAAGGUCACUGGCAGCGUGCCCCCCGAACGGGAGCGUGCACAACCACAAGGAACUCAUCAUCUGGAACGUCCAUAACCACGGGCUCAGCGCCAUCCGCUCCAAGACGGUCACCACCGACAUGAUCGCAGACGCUCGCUGGUCGCAGGAGUCCCCCCAGACGCGGACCUGCUUCGUGGCCGGUGACUUCAACUGGUCGGACGAACUGCCCCUCCGGCGCGGUCAGGUUUCUGGCGAGGCGGCUCUUCCACGGGAACGUCUACCUGGUGCCGGUCGCGCGGGGCGCCACUGGCGUGCGAUGGCGAAGGUCUACGCGGAGCUCGUCCCAGUCGGCCCGACCCACUGGGCUGCUUACACCAAGUCCGCCUCCAAGAUUGACCAGAUCUUCAUCUCCACGCCCCCGUGGCUCCUGCGCCAAGGGCGCCAAGCCGCCGCGACCAACCUGGGCCCCGAGGAGAUGCACGUCCUGGGCGCCAGCGACCACGCUGUGCCCGCGGCGGUGCUCCACAGGGCAGCCGCGCCCCAGGAGGGGGGCCACUCCCCGCAGAUCCAGCCGCGCGCACCAAUUCCGCGACAUUACCUCGAGCACAACCUAUAUUCUGACUUGGUAGACAAGUACCUGGACGCCGCCAGGAUUGAGCAGAAGUCUGCGCCUCGCGCUCACAUCGCCGCCGCGACCGUUCUCCAGGAGGUUGCGAAGGUCAUCCGCAACGCCGAGAUUCUCGGGAUGCCCGACGGGGUCCACACGAAAGCUAUGGUCACGCGCACGGUCGCGAGGCUCAUCCACGGCAAUGACUUCGAGGCCGUUUCGAGGCUCUGCCGGCUCCACCCGUGGAUCUCCGAGUACGCCCACCUCGACCUCAAUGUCAGUCGCGCCACCCUGACUGACCCCCCUCGCUGCGCCGCGCUCCACCCCCGGUUGCAGAGGGAGGAGGCGCAGCGCAAGGAGGCAGCCCUCCUUGCUGAGGAGGCCCAGGAGGCCAGCACCCGGCGUCGAGCCAAGAAAGCUGGAGAAAGGCGUGCGCUACGACGUCGUGCUCUGCUCUUCUCGCCCUUCCGGGCAAGGAAAGUUCUCGCCGGGGUCCGCGUCGAGAGUCGCACGAUCACGGACCCCGAGGGCAUCCACGCUGAGCUGUCCGACUACUGGGGCCGCGUCUUCUCGGCGAAGGCGCCGCCGGGGCUUGGCGCUCGCCGCUACCUCGGCCGCUUCAACAGCAGCGCGUUGGCCGGGCAGGUGGGCCCGCCAGUGCGCCAGGAUUUCGCCAAGCUCGCGGAGAAAAUGCCGACCAGCGCCCCUGGUGUCGGCGGCCUUCCCCACGCUGCCUGGAAGCACCCCCGUGUCCUUGAUGUCCUCUCAUCCUGCUCAGAGUGGAUCUGCAGCGGCUCCCCGACGUUCGACUCCUUCAACCUCGCGACGGCGAUCUACACGCCCAAGGGCCUCGACGAGCACGACGCCGGCGACCUGGUCAGCAGGGCGGCCAGCGACGUGAGGCCGCUCAGCCUCAAGCUCACCAGCAAUAAGAUCACCUGCAGCGUUCACCACCGGAAGUGGCAGACGGCGGUCCAGCGCACCGCCCCUCAGAACCAGCGCGGGUUUCUCAGCGGACGCGACUUCCUCCAGAACAUCGUUGACCUCGAUACCUACGGCCGCAUCGCCGGGCUCCUCCCCUCCGCCGAGCACCCGCCCCUCAUGCUUUUCGACUUCGCAGCGGCCUUCCCCUCUGUGGGGUGGGCCUGGCUUUUCAUGUGCCUGGACGCGCUCAAACUCCCUGCUGGAAUGGUCAACGCCAUCAG